AUGAGCUUGAUUUAUGGAAAACUUGAUAUGCAGACUGCUUAUUUGUUCAUGGCAAAGUCAAGGCCAAAGUUAUCAAACCAGGAUUCUUCGUUGUCACCUACUGCUGCAAGAUCAAGGGAGUGGGAUGGGCCAUCUAGAUGGACGGACUACCUUGGACGGGAUAUGCCUUCUCCAUUGUCGUCUACUAGCUCGAGGAAUAUGUAUCAUGAUGGGCAGUCUCAGGGUUCAACUCCAUCCCAAUCACACAAGGGUAUUAACAUGCAGUGGGUUGUCCAGCUCACUGAGGUUGCCGAAGGUUUAAUGGCUAAGAUGUAUAGGUUAAAUCAACUUUUGGAUUAUCCAGAUCCAAUCAACCAUGUCUUUUCAGAAGGAUUUUGGAAAGCUGGUGUGUUCCCCAACCAUCCUAGAAUCUGUGUGUUGCUCUCUAAGAAAUUUCCGGAACACUUCAGCAAAUUACAACUUGAACGUAUAGAUAAGAUUGCUUGGGAUUCAUUGCAAGAUCAUGCAGAGCUUCAUUUACAGAACCUAGAACCGUGGGUGCAGGAGGAAAGGUUGGAAAGAGUGAAAGAGAAGGCUGAAGCUUGUACUAAACUACUUCUUGAUUUGAUGGUGUUUCGUGAACAAGCUUUGAGACUUAUAUUGGAUCUAAGCAGCACAGUAAUUACCUUGUUGCAGAUGCCAAGGAAAAUGUUGCUACAGACCUAUAACCUUCUACAUGCAAUGUCAAGAAAUGAGCGAGAUU